AUGGCUAAGUUUGAUCCCAGUGAAAAGAAGAUAUCCGUUGCAUUUGUUUGCUUAGGUAAUAUUUGUCGUUCACCAAUGGCUGAGGCUGUCUUUAAACAUACAGUUGAAAAAUAUGGAUAUCUGGAUUAUUUCAAGUUGAUUGAUUCAUAUGGUACUUCAGGUUGGCACAUUGGGGAGUCUCCAGAUCAUAGAUCUUCCAAGACUUGUAGAAAGCAUGGAGUUCCUGUAAACCAUGCAGCACAGCAGAUCUCGUCCAAGGACUUUAGUAAGUUUGACUAUGUUAUUGCUAUGGAUCAGUCAAACAAGGAAGAUUUAUUGCACAUGAAACCUCGCGACUCCUCGACAAAAGUCAAUUUAUUUGGAGACUGGAGGAGGGACAGUAAGUUCCAAAAAAUUGUAGAUGACCCAUACUAUGGGGGCACCAGUGGGUUUGAGACCAACUUCGAGCAGUUGUCUCAUUUCAGCUUGGAGUUUUUGAAGCUGGAAGUUGGGGAAAUAUAA